AGUUGGCUUUGUGGCGUAAGCUCUUUUUUAAGCCAUACGUAUGAUGGUGACAUGCCUUGUUUAUGAGUUUCUUAUUGGCGCUAAGAUGAAACUCACCUGGUUGAUGACCUUACUAGAGCAUCAAAAUGUGUGCCGUCUUUGUUCUAUUCCUGAUUUAGCAUGACUGCUCUUAAGUGCACUUCAAUCGUUACUACAUUCUGGGAAGAGUUGUUGCUGCCGGAACAUGCUCCUUCAAAGCAACAGUUUGGUCAUAGAUUCUGACAGAGACCUGAAAAGGAUUUUUCAGCUAUGAAAUGCAGCUGCCAGACUAAUUUUAACUGGCGACUUAACCUUGAAGAAAGGAGAUAGAUUGUUUGCAAGGCAUGCAAUUCAAGCUUCUUCAGAAAGUGCAUUGCAUCCAGUUAAAAGCCCCCAAAUCAUCACAAGUUCGCCAACGAACUGCGCAACCAUUUCAUGCACAAAUGAGCACCCAGAUCAAUGCUUCUGCAACUUUUGUUGCUGCAUUUCUGGUCUUCUCUGCUCACCUCUACUUCCCAACCACUGCUCAUCUCUUCUCCCCAGCCAUGCCAUUGCUAGGAGCCCUCUCUGAUCUCAUAGAACCUUCCUUUCCAUUCUGCCCGCUUACAUUCAGUUCUGCCUCUACUGAUCAUCAGUAUGGCUGUCAGUACAACCCGCUAUGCGACAACUUCCCACCAGACUUCCCUCCGCCUGACACACCAGCGGUGUCGGUAUUCUGCGUUGACCCCAAUGGCUGCUGUGACUUCACAACGGUGCAGGCAGCGGUGGAUGCCAUUCCAAAUCACAGCAGGAAGAGGAAUGUUGUUUGGAUCAACAAAGGCAUCUACUUUGAGAAGGUGACGGUCCCAUCAUCCAAGCCCAACAUCACAUUUCAAGGGCAGGGGUUCGACAUGACAGCUAUUGCUUGGAAUGAUACCGCCAAAUCAGCGAACGGCACAUUCUAUAGCGCCUCAGUCUCCAUUUUUGCAUCAGGAUUCGUUGCGAAAAACAUAAGCUUCAUGAAUGUAGCACCAAUCCCAAGACCUGGUGCUGUCGAUGCACAGGCACUGGCAAUCAGGAUCAAUGGUGACCAAGCAGCUUUCUGGGGCUGUGGCUUCUUUGGAGCACAAGACACACUCCAUGACGACAGAGGCCGGCAUUACUUCAAGGAAUGUUUCAUCCAGGGCUCCAUUGACUUUAUCUUUGGAGAUGCUAGGUCACUUUAUGAAAAUUGCAGAUUGAUAUCCAUCGCUGAUCCGGUGCCUUCCGGACAAAGAUCAAUUACCGGAUCAGUCACUGCACAUGCCCGGGUAUCAGAAGAUGAUAACACUGGCUACUCAUUUGUCCAUUGUAGCAUAGGUGGCACCGGUUGGAUAUGGCUUGGCCGAGCAUGGAGGCCAUAUUCCCGGGUCGUCUUUGCCUACACAUCAAUGUCAGACAUCAUAGCCUCUGAAGGAUGGAAUGACUGGAAUGAUCCCUCAAGAGAUCAGACUGUAUUUUAUGGAGAGUACAAGUGUACAGGUGAUGGUGCCAACCUGGCAGAUAGAGUGCCUUAUGCUCAGAAGCUUAGUGAUGUGCAAGUAUUACCUUUCCUGAGCACAUCUUUCAUCGAUGGAGAUCAAUGGCUGAAACCAUACAGUGACUCACUAAUAUCUACUUGAAACAAUUCAAGGUAGAUGACAACUGGGUCACAGACUUGAAACAGGGACAAAUAGGACAUUCUAUUGCUUGAUUUUCUCACAUCAUAGCCCAUAGAAUCAAGAAUAGAAUUGUGCAAAGAUAAUAAGCAUUUGGUAGAUAUGCUGUUUUCAACAAAUAUUACAGAAAAGCAUGUCAUAAUCUACAUUUGAGCAGCACAUGAGAAUACAAUACACAUUAAUGCUAGAGGAGAAACAAGGCAACUUCA